CAGCAGAAGCAUGUUUUCUCUCAGUCUCCUCCUGCUCACCUUGGUGCUUCUGAACUCCAGAUUGCUGAUAUCUGCAGAGACUGUAGUUACAUGUGAUGGGUUUGUCCAGCGUCUCAGUUGUGAUACUGGGGUGAUCAGUGUACAAUCAGCAACCUGUGGCCGCACAAGCAGCCAAAUUUGCAGCGUUGGACGACCACCAUCUGAAACAUCUAAUACUCAGUGUUCAAUAGAUGUCCCUGCGGUCUUCAAACGGUGUAAUGGACUGAGAGAGUGUGAGUUAAACACUCAAGGACUGGCACCAAAAGAUCCAUGUUUUGGCACCUACAAGUACUACACUACCAACUACAUUUGCAUCCCAGCAGAAACAAGUGUGACUUGUCACGGUGGAUACAGUUAUUUGAAAUGUGAAAAUGGUGAGAUUCAGAUAAAUACUGCAAACUAUGGACGUACAGAUAAAACCACCUGCUCUGAAGGACGUCCAUCCAGUGAGCUCCAAAACACCAACUGCUAUUCACCCAAUGCACUGGCUCCUGUGUCCAAAAGCUGCAAUGGCCUGGAAAGUUGUGAGGUGUUUGCGACACAUACAGUCUUUACUGAUCCCUGCGUUGGCAUAUACAAGUACCUCGCGAUCUCUUAUUUUUGCCUCCCACCUGGAGUUCGUUCAAGUAUAGUCUGUGAACAUGAGACGAGUGCCCUGAACUGUGAUGAUGGGACUGUCAUACGCAUUCACAGCGCUAACUACGGCCGAACUGACAGCAGCACGUGCUCUACUGGACGACCUGCUUCUCAGCUUGCCAAAACUGACUGCUAUGCCUUAAAUUCACAGACAGUAGUCACUAGUGGAUGUGAAGAGAAAAACAGCUGCUCCAUAUUGGCCUCCAACAGUGUCUUCUCGGACCCAUGUGUCGGCACAAUCAAGUACCUGUACAUCUCAUACUCCUGCGUGUCUAAGUAGAAUGACAGCUAAUCUUGUGGAUUUGGCCUCUUCAGUUCUCUAUCAGCAUCUCUUCUAUUUUAAAUGCGCUGAAACUAAAUCUAUUUCUUCAUUGUUAACGCAUCUAAUAUUAUAUGGUAUUUGCUGUCUUUCCUCUUGUAAAUAUAUGGCCAAAAAGGUAAUGGUAGAAUACUAGUAUGCUAAUCUGAAAUCAGUCUUUGUGUCUGGAUGAAAUCAGUGGCUUUGAUUCUCAUACGAUUAAUUUUUCAAUAGGCCUUGCUUAUACACUAUGUUGUGGGAUUUUCCUUACAAUAAAUGCUUUUCAAAUGAGAAUGAGGUGAGUGUGUCUUGUUCUUAAAAGCAUGUUGAUUGUAAACACCAGCUUUACCUUAUCAUCAUUUACCAAGUGUUAGGGAAAAGAAAGGGUGCACAUUUGUUCAUUUACAUAUUACUGACAUUGUAACAAUGCAAUGCUGGUUAUCCCUAUCCUUUAAGAAGCACAGUGAAGUCUAUUAUUAAGAAGUGGAAGGUAUUUGGUACAACACAGUCCCUCACUGGAUCAGGACGUCACGCCAAACUGGAUGAAAGAGUCAGGAGGAAACUGGUCAGAGAGAAGACCAAGAGGCCUACAGCA